AUGAGCUGCUGUGAGGUGCUAGUGUGUCUGACCUGCUGUGAGGUGCUGGUUUGUCUGACCUGCUGUGAGGUGCUGGUGUGUAUGAGCUGCUGUGAGGUGCUAGUGUGUGUGACCUGCUGUGAGGUGCUGGUGUGUCUGACCUGCUGUGAGGUGCUAGUGUGUGUGACCUGCUGUGAGGUGCUGGUUUGUCUGACCUGCUGUGAGGUGCUGGUGUGUAUGAGCUGCUGCGAGGUGCUGGUUUGUCUGACCUGCUGUGAGGAGAUGGUUUGUGUGACUUGCUCUGAGGUGCUGGUGUGUUUGACCUGCUGUGAGGUGCUGGUGUGUCUGACCUGCUGUGAGGUGCUGGUGUGUCUGACCUGCUGUGAGGUGCUGGUUUGUCUGACCUGCUGUGAGGUGCUGGUGUGUAUGAGCUGCUGUGAGGUGCUAGUGUGUCUGACCUGCUGUGAGGUGCUGGUUUGUCUGACCUGCUGUGAGGUGCUGGUGUGUAUGAGCUGCUGUGAGGUGCUAGUGUGUGUGACCUGCUGUGAGGUGCUGGUUUGUCUGACCUGCUGUGAGGUGCUGGUGUGUAUGAGCUGCUGUGAGGUGCUAGUGUGUCUGACCUGCUGUGAGGUGCUGGUUUGUCUGACCUGCUGUGAGGUGCUGGUGUGUAUGAGCUGCUGUGAGGUGCUAGUGUGUGUGACCUGCUGUGAGGUGCUGGUGUGUCUGACCUGCUGUGAGGUGCUAGUGUGUGUGACCUGCUGUGAGGUGCUGGUUUGUCUGACCUGCUGUGAGGUGCUGGUGUGUAUGAGCUGCUGUGAGGUGCUGGUUUGUCUGACCUGCUGUGAGGAGAUGGUUUGUGUGACUUGCUCUGAGGUGCUGGUGUGUUUGACCUGCUGUGAGGUGCUGGUGUGUCUGACCUGCUGUGAGGUGCUGGUGUAUCUGACCUGCUGUGAGGUGCUGGUGUGUCUGACCUGCUGUGAGGUGCUGGUGUCUGACCUGCUGUGA